CCUGCCCACUGCAAAUGUCUUCUGUGUCAACUUGUGUUGCUGUUAGAUAGUUCCAGACCCCUGCUCUAGCUGACUUCUCCAUUGGCUUGCCUGCUUGCUGAAGCGAAGCCUGAAUCCCAACAUGAGGGUGUGGAUCGUCUUCCUUUUGUGCCUUGCUGGAAAGGCCCUGGCUGCCCCAGCCGAAGAGGAGCCAGUCAUUGAUGAGCAGGUAGAAGUAGGAUCCAACCCAGUUCAAGUGGAGACCGGAGAGUUUGAUGAAGCCAUUGAGGUUGUGGAGGAUGUUGCUGCAGAGAACCCCUGCCUCAACUAUCACUGCAAGAAGGGCAAGGUGUGUGAGCUUGAUGACAACAACGAGCCCCUGUGUGUGUGCCAGGAUCCCCUGACGUGCCCUGCCCCAGUAGGAGAGUUUGAGCAUGUCUGUGGCACCGACAACAAGACCUAUGACUCCUCCUGCCACUUCUUUGCAACCAAAUGUGCUCUGGAGGGCACCAAGAAGGGCCACAAGCUGCACCUGGACUACAUUGGACCCUGCAAAUACAUCGCUCCAUGCCUGGAGAAUGAACUGGGUGAGUUCCCCCUGCGUAUGAGGGACUGGCUGAAGAACGUGAUGGUCACUUUGUAUGAGCGUGAUGAGGACAACAAUCUGCUGAAUGAGAAACAGAAGCUGAGGGUAAAGAAGAUCUUUGAGAACGAGAAGCGUCUGCAGGCUGGUGACCACUCUCUGGAUCUGCUGGUCCUGGACUUUGAGAAGAACUACAACAUGUAUGUCUUCCCUGUGCACUGGCAGUUCGGCCAGCUCGAUCAGCACCCCUCUGAUGGCUUUCUGUCCCACACUGAGCUGGCCCCUCUGCGUGCCCCUCUCAUUCCCAUGGAGCACUGCACCACCAGCUUCUUCGAGGCAUGUGAUGCUGAUCAGGACAAGUACAUCGCUCUAGAGGAGUGGGCCAACUGCUUCGGCAUUAAAGAGCAGGAUGUCGACAAGGACCUUAUCGUCUAAAAACUGGCCACCAUUGAUGCUUUCUAGUUAGCCUGCUAUUGGGACGAGGUGCUAACAAUUCCCAUUAAUGGUGCUAUUUGCAAUUUCCAGUAACCUAUGUAUACCACUAAGAUUAAAAAAAAAAAAAAAAAUUAAAAAGGAAAAA